AUGGACAGCGGGCAGAUGCCAGAGUUUAAUAUUGGUGACUGUGGCGAGUCGGACCAGGAAGAAGGACAAGAUCCCAAUGCGGAGUGGAAUGCCUUAUGGGCUAGAAUGCCCCGUGUUGAUCCACCAGAGCGAUCCCUACACGUGCAGGUAAAGUUUAAUAGAGGAAACAACACAAGAUCAUUCAGUAACAGAGGCAAGGAGGGAUCCCCUGAUGUAUGCUUAAUGUCAUUGGUAGAUAUGUUUGAUGUGGCUAAUUUAGAGCGUCAAAUUCUAUUGUUGGCUAACCAUACUAUUAACGAGUGGCGAGCACAACCAACAUCAAAGAAGAACGCAGUGGGCGGAACGAAGGGGGGAUUGAAGGUGAAUGGGUCGCAUGAAUUUACUCUUCCAUUCACGGGGGCCCCAGAUAUGCACAAGCGCGCUGUGAUCAGCUGCAAGGAGUUUGGCGAACAGCGACAAGACGACCAUAACCCGCUAUGGGUAGUGGAUUCAGCUGGAAACGACGACCUUUCAAUCAAGAAACGGCUCUUAGCUUCUUUCAAUAAGGUUACUAAGAACUAUGCAAAAGGUGCGGCUACUUCACGGUCGCGAGAAACUUUCAUGCAAGUCUGGGUUGUAUUUAAGAAAGCAGAAGGACGUGAGGCAAUACGUGGCAAUACAAGACAACACGGUGGAAUAGCGCAACGACUCAAUACGCAGCUACGGGUAGAGGAGGGUAUGGGGCCAGACCGCGAGAUAGAACGCGUUACUAUGGCUCUUCAAUACAGUCGCCAGAAACGAAUUAAGAUAAGCCAUGCUAAUAAAGCAGAGGGUCUGAUUGAUCUGGGUAAUGCGCCAGUCUCUGAGGCAAUCAACCAGAGCAAGGCGCUAGACGCCAUGAACAAGAGGGUUAGAGAGGGAAAGCGGCAGCGUGAUCUUGCAGAUGGCACCGACGGGGAAGAGAUUUUUGAAGCUCUUGCAAUGCCGAUGCAGAUAUUUGCAGCCGUCGGCGUGCCUUCCAUGAUGUAUCGUGGCUUUGUCCCACGCAGGCCUAAUUUUGUUGAGGAAGUGGAGGGCACCGGUGGUGUUGCCUCGCUGGGCACAACAGUGAAUGACCCCGAAAAUGUGUUGCAUCUGGAGAAGGAUAGAGCGAAAGAGGAACUACAAGCAUUAGCGUGGGAUACUGAAACUCGUUCUUACCCACAGUUGAUGUCUUAUGUGGGUAUUCUAAGGUGGCAGCGGGUUUCCCCCCAAGAUGGGGAUGAGACCGAGCCCAAUGGCGUGUUCGCUGCAAGAACAGCCCCACCAGCUGCUGGUAAUAGAGUUUUUGAUGACGAUCAUGGGGACGAUACAAACAUGGGCGCAGGAUUUUAG